CUAAUCGUUGCAACCACUUCAAAAUACUGAACUAUACUCGAAAUAAACGACAAGUAUAAAUAAAAAGUAACAGCUGUUACAACCUACAAGGAAAGAGACGCAGGAAAAAUUAGAAUAAAAUAUUACGAACGUUUCGUAUUAUGGAGGAGCAAAAUAUUCCAAUUGAUAUAAAUACUGGAAAGUUAUUAGAAUGGUUGAUUAGCAGACGGCAUUGUAAUAAGGAUUGGCAUACAAAAAUCUUACUUAUUAGAGAAAAAAUUAACAACGCUAUACAAGAUAUGCCUGCACACGAUGAAAUUGCAAAACUGUUAUCCGGUGCUUAUAUAAAUUACUUUCACUGUUUAAAAAUAAUAGAAAUUUUGAAGGAAACUGAAGCAGAUACAAAAAAUAUGUUUGGGAGGUAUGGAUCACAGAGGAUGAAAGACUGGCAGGAAAUAGUACAUGCAUAUGAGAAGGAUAAUUUAUAUCUUGCAGAGGUUGCACAAAUACUUAUAAGAAAUGUUAAUUAUGAAGUUCCAAGUACUAAGAAGCAAAUUCAAAAAUUGGAGCAAAUACAAACUGACUUGGAAAAGAAAGAAGCAGAAUAUAAAGAAUCAGAAAAUACAGCCAGAUCAGACUUCAAUACAUUCUGUAAUCGAUUAGGUAUUUCUGGCAAUCAAAUUAUGCAAGAGCUAUCUGAGAGAGUAAAAGUACUUCCAGAAAUUUAUGAACAGAUUGCGAAAAAAACGAAAUUAUUAGAAAAAGGUGUAGAGUUUUAUCGCGAUUUUUUAAAUUACACUUUGAGUAUGGGGAGUGAUGGUUGUGUUCCCAUGAUAAAAUAUGUAAUUGACAAUGGAAACACCACCACAUAUGAAUGGGUUUAUGGAGUAGCCCCAUUAUCAAUUAACGAGCCACCUUUAAAUAUAUGUUUUUACGACGCUGAUAUAGAGAAGAGGAGAAAGGAAUAUGUUGAUAAUCUUAAAACUGUUUACGGCGAUACUGACUUAAACGGAGAUAAUAUAGCUUUGGACAAUAACGUUCAUUUAGAGGUCGGAGGUGAAAUUGAUUGGGAUGAUGGAAAUGUAGAAGUUGUACCCGAAAAUAUAGAUUGGGGUGAUGAAAAUAUAGAGGAAGUAGUACCUGAAAAUAUAGAUUAUAAUAUUUCUUUGGAAGAAUCUGGUAUAGUCGUAGAAGCAGCUGGUCACGAUGGCGGAAUUGCGAACGACACAGAAGCGUACACAAUCCUUGAUAAUCCAUCUACCAGAACCGAUUUUAUCGAUCAAUUGUACGAGUUAGAAGCAUUCUUUACAUUUCGUUUACGCGAGUUGAAAAGCGACGAUAGUGUUAAUUUUUUAAGCUUCAACAAUCAGCUGCAGUUAUCAUCUUCUGUUUUACAACAUUCUACGUUAGAGAGCACACAAGAUAUGUUAAACAACGUUAAAAUUAUUUUAUCUGAAAUUUUGGAUACUAAGGUCCAAUUAUUACACCACAUUAAACAUUCGAAGAGACACGUAAUCGGUAUAGUUAACUCGAUAAAAGAAAAUUUAUGCUUAAUUGACAAAAUGGUAGUUUUGCAAAAGACUGUGAGACAAAAAAGGGAAAAAACUGCAGAAGAAGCAGAUGCUCUUCGUCCUCUUCUGCAGCUUGUUAUCCAAAGGACAAAGGAAUUGCAAGCAGAGAUAGAACAAGAUAUUUCGAAAAAAUAUAAAAACAGAAUUGUACAUUUAACGGGAGGUAUAAGUACUUUGUAAAUAGUAGAAAUAAAAGAAUAGAAUGUGUAUAAUGGAAAUAUGAUUCUACUAUGUGGAAAGGCGCGAAU